AUGGGCGUGACAGCAGAGCAGGCAGACAACGUGCUCUGGGCAGCACGCGUAGGAGAUGCCGAGGCGAUGCAAGAAAUAUUGAAGGAAAUAUUUACAGACGAAAAAGAGGCGUUCCGCGCGGCACUCGUGCUUGAGAACGAGGCAAAGAAUACGCCGCUGCACUUUGCGGCAGCGAAUGGACACAAAGAGGUGCUUGAUCUUCUGUUGCCGAAUGCAGAUAUCUCAGUGCUGCUGCACCGGAAUACUUCCGGGAAUACGCCGAUGCACUGGGCAGCUUUCAAUGGACACUCGGCGCUGGUCGAGGCGCUGGUAGACCGGAUCGACGCCGCAGAGCAGGAGGACACGGCGCUUGCCGCAACGCGGCGCAAUGAAGAGUUCGUGCGCGAGAUGGAACGGUACGAUACAGACGCGAAGAAGGCGGUGCUGGAAGGUGAGAGUAAGAACGAUGUUGCGGCAGAACGCGAGCGCCAUGUAGAAAUGCAACGCGAGCGUGCUAUUUGGGACGUGCGCAAUGAUGCGGGGCGAGGCCCGAUGAGUGAGGCACAGAUGGCGGACCGUGAAGAGGUCGUACAGCUUUUACUCAGUCGCUUGGCGCGUGUAGACAAGGAAAGCGCAACUGAUGCGUCAAGUGCUGCAGAAAGUAUGGAAGAAAAGACGGAGCAGCUAAGUAUCCAUUGA